AUGGCCGCGCAAGCUCUUCCAGUUCUUCAAAAAUUGUUCGAAGACUAUCAAAAAACCACUCCACAAAAGCUGAAAAUCAUCGAUGCUUAUAUGACAUACAUUCUUUUCACCGGAAUUUUCCAAUUUGUUUAUUGCGUUUUGGUCGGAACAUUCCCAUUCAAUUCAUUCCUCUCUGGUUUUAUCUCAACUGUUACAUCGUUUGUUUUAGCUUGUGAGUUUUUUUUUAAAUGGAAAGUUGAUUUUGAUUCACCAAUCAAUCUUCUGAACUUUGGAUAUGAGUUAUGACGUAGCAAAAAUUGUGAACUUUAUAAUUCAUAUUCAUUGUUGAUCUAUGAGAAUCGUUAUCAGCCUCUCAAAAUCCACUUCUGGAAAAUCUUUAUAUUUUCUCUCAUAAAUCCUUUAAACCUUUCAGCUUGCCUUCGAAUGCAAGUCAAUCCCGAAAAUCGCACCGAAUUCAAGCAAGUUUCACCAGAAAGAGCAUUUGCCGACUUCAUUUUCGCUAACUUGGUUCUCCACUUGGUCGUCACCAAUUUCUUGGGCUAA